CCCAAUCUGACUGAGUCAGCAACAAUUGCGCGCUGUAGAUGGAACUUGGAUAUUUUCAAGAAGCGUGUUUCGCAGCUUAGUCCAGGCUCCAUCAUAUUCAACCGUUAUCAAAAGCGCCCCCAGCAAACACCGCCGCGAUGCCCGUCGUCAAAGGAGGCGUUUGGACCAACAUUGAGGAUGAAAUCCUUAAGGCCUCCGUCUCCAAGUAUGGUCUGAAUCAAUGGGCGCGUGUCUCAUCGCUGCUGGCGCGCAAGACUCCCAAGCAGUGCAAAGCCAGAUGGAACGAAUGGCUCGACCCAAGCAUCAAAAAGAUCGAAUGGAGCAAGGAGGAAGAUGAAAGACUUCUCCAUCUCGCCAAGAUUAUGCCCACUCAGUGGCGCACAAUCGCUCCUAUUGUUGGCCGAACAGCAAACCAGUGUCUCGAACGAUACCAGAAGCUCCUCGAUGAAGCCGAAGCGAAGGAAUCGUCCAGCCUUGGGCUGAUGGGCCCAGAUGGAGGCGAAACACAAGCCCCCAGCGCCGAUGAUGUUCGAAGACUCCGACCCGGCGAGUUAGAUCCCGAUCCUGAGACGAAGCCUGCGCGACCCGACACCAUCGAUCUCGACGAGGACGAAAAGGAGAUGUUGAGUGAGGCUCGAGCUCGUUUGGCCAAUACGCAGGGUAAAAAGGCCAAGAGAAAGGCUCGAGAGCGUCAACAAGAGGAGUCGCGCCGUCUUGCGGCUCUGCAGAAGAGACGAGAGCUUAAGACAGCUGGAAUUAAUAUCAAGGUCACAACCAGGAAAAAGGGCGAGAUGGAUUACAACGCCGAUAUUCCUUUCGAGAGAAAAGCGCUCCCUGGCUUCUACGACACAUCAGAGGAAAUGGUGCAGAAUGAGGCGCAACGCGCAGCUUUCGAUCCCCGGAAACAACAGCUGGCCAACAAGCGCAAGGGUGAGGGCGAGGAUGACAACGACCGGAAGCGAAAGAAGACCGAUAAGGAUGGGGCGUCGGAAUCAUACAAGGCUGCUCUGAAGGCUGGUCAGCUACAGAAGAUCCGAGAGGCAGAGCAGAGCAGUAAGCGUCGUGGCCUGGUUCUGCCCGCUCCCCAAGUCAGCGAGGGCGAGUUGGAGGAUAUCGUCAAGAUGGGUAGGAUGGGUGAGGCCGCCAAUUUGAGGGCAAAGGAGAGUGAGAACGACGCUACUCGAGGACUUGUCAACACAUAUUCUACUCUGAACUCCGCUACCCCUAUUCGAACACCAAAAGCACCUGAACAAGAAGAUCACAUUGCCAACGAAAUCCGAAAUAUUCGAGCGCUCAACGACACAAAUUCUGUCCUUCUCGGUGGUGAGAACACCCCGCUUCAUGAAGGCGCAGCCUCGACUGGUUUCGAUGGCAUCGCUCCUCGAAAGCAGACCAUUUCUACGCCAAACCCAAUGGCCACCCCUCUACGGGCAGAUGGCGUGGGGGCCACGCCUGGUCGACCUGGACAAACGCCGAUGAGAACACCCAGAGACACCCUAUCGUUGAAUCAAGACGGGGGAAUGUCGAUGGUUUCGGUUACACCCAGAGACAUCAGGAUGAGAGAUAUGGCUUUGCGCACUCAGCUCAAGUCAGGUCUGGCUUCUCUUCCCAAACCAAAAGAUACGGAAUGGGAGUUCGAUAUACCCGAGGAAGAGAAGGAGUCUAUGCAAGUUGAUGAGAUGACUGAGGAAGAUGCUGCAGAGCGGGACCGUCGAGCACGUGAGAGGCAAGCAGCCGAAGAAGCCCUCGAAUUUCGUAGGCGAACUCAAGUUAUGCAGAAGAACCUCCCCAGGCCGGUUCAUAUCGAUCUGCCCAGUUUAUUGAAACAGGCUACCAGUAUUCCAGAUGUUGCUGAGUCUCUUAUUGCUAAGGAGUCAGCGAACCUGAUGGCGAAUGAUGCGAUGAAAUAUCCUGUCCCUGGUGGCGAAGUCAGUGGCGCCCCUAAGCCUCUCCAACAAAUCGACGACGAUGCUCUCGCGGAGGCACGUCUAUUGAUCUUGUCCGAAACGAAACCCCUUCCUAAGUUCGAGGAUAUCCAGACAGCAUUCGAAGCACGAGCAAGCAGCUCGCUACUCCUCGGUCUGGGCUGUUACAAUGAUGACGAGGAAGAGCAAGGGGCGGUCAUGAAGGUUGCAUUUGAUGCUGUUCAAGACUCCAUCAUGGCUUCUGCUGAAGCAGGCGCUAAGCUAGAGAAGAAGCUAUCACUUCAUCUCGGUGGUUAUCAGAAGCGACAGAAGAUGCUUCGUGAUAAGAUGGGCGAUGCUUCCGAGGCUUUGGAGAAGGCACGCGUCGCCCUGGCUGGUUUCAAGACGCUGGCUAUCUCAGAGGACGUGGCUAUCGAGCGACGACUAAGCGCUCUACGUGAGGAAGUCGGUUUCAUUAAUCGACGGGAGAGAGAAGCACAGGAGAGUUAUAGGAAUGCAAAGGAAGAGCUGGACGCGCUCAUGGCAUCUGGAGUUAACGGGGUUCAUUAAUUGAUGUGUUAUUCAUGGUGUAUAAAUAGGGGCUCAAUCGAGGCUAGCAUAUCUGGGUCUAAUCUAACAAUCUGUCCGCUAGGCAUUACGCUUGUAUACUUACUAUCUUUUCCGUUCCUCCUUUUGUCUUCACUUGAUAUAUGUUUUUGAGUUUAUUUGUGCUUUCUCACACCAAGACGGGGAAGCUUGAUCGGCCAGAUCAUCACCACAGAGGUAAAUGCAAACACGGCACAAGUGAUGAAUGUGAGUCGCAGUGCGGCUUCAUAACUCACGAUGACCUGUUCUCGGUACUUGGGCUCGAGCUUGGCCACCUCCUCAACUGACUCUCUCACGCGACGAAUGACCUCAUCACGACCUUCUCCUGUGACGUACUGUUUGAGAUAAUGGAGUAGAGCGUUCUGAACAACAAGUGAGCUACUUGCAACACCAAGUACCUGGCCGAGACUUCGCCACAGCAUGAGUGUAGAUGUCACAACAGCUUGCUCGGCUUGAGGAGAUGCAGCCAAUAUCGCCAUGAAUGUUCCUGGGAAUUGGAAUCCCUGUCCAAUAGAUGAUGGGAGAAGGAUGAAGAGAUAAACCCAUGAUGGGAGGUCACGCUGAAGGAAAACCAGGCCUAUGGUGCCGAUGAGUAUGCAGAUAGUACCACUUAAGACAGGCCACUUCAAGCGGCCAGUCCAAGUCACGGCAAAACCAACGAAAGUACCGGUUGAAGAGGCAGCGAUUGUUGGAAUGAUGAGGCGGAGACCAGAAGAGGUGGCAGAUGUGAGGAGGACAGCCUGAAAAUAGAGUGGACUGUAUGUCAUGUUAGCAAUAGGAUACUAAAGAGCAGUUUCAAGCUGCAGGAGAUAAUCCAGGCUG